AGUGGUCACCGAGGGAUGUGCGGUAUUAUCGUAACCGAGUGCGACUAAAGAAAAACCGAAUCCGAAGCGUUUAUAAUAUAGUUACUUCUUUUCCACGGCGUGUGUUUCUUCAUAUUAUCUUCGGCUAUAUUAUAGCUUUCUCGGGUGCGCACAUAUACUCUCUCUCUCUAUCUAUCCAUUUCUCUCUCUUUCUCUCUCUUUAUCUCGUGCGCGUGCGGUAUCUCUUUUUCUCUCUCUCUCUCUCUCACUCGUUUUUAUACACGCCUCCCUACCGCGACGCGAUUAUUAAACUCCGUCGCGAAUUGUCUAGUCAGUUCUUUUAUUUCGAAGGAUCUCGUCGUUACCCCGCCCUUUGUUUCUCUCUUUCUCUCUUUCUCUAUCUUUCUCUAUCUAUCUUUCUCUCUAUUUAUCUAUCUCUCGCUCUUUCUUCGCCCGACGAUCGAAGAAUUAACCGAAAUCGUCGUAUAACACCGCCGAUCGUGAUAUUUAUUUAAGUAUUAUUGUACAAAGACUAUAAAAACUACAUAGCCGACACAAUGUCCGUAGACAAAGAGGAAUUGGUGCAGCGCGCGAAGCUCGCCGAACAGGCGGAGAGGUACGAUGACAUGGCAGCUGCAAUGAAAUCCGUCACUGAGACGGGAGUUGAGCUGUCGAAUGAGGAAAGGAACCUCCUCUCAGUGGCGUAUAAGAAUGUCGUUGGCGCGAGACGUAGCUCGUGGCGAGUAAUCUCAUCUAUUGAGCAAAAGACCGAAGGCUCCGAACGCAAACAACAGAUGGCGAAGGAGUAUCGGGAAAAGGUGGAGAAAGAACUACGUGAAAUUUGCUACGAUGUUCUGGGUCUUUUAGACAAGUACCUGAUCCCUAAAGCUAGCAACGCCGAAAGCAAAGUAUUCUACCUCAAGAUGAAGGGUGAUUAUUACAGGUAUCUCGCAGAAGUUGCCACUGGUGAAACCAGGAACGCUGUGGUAGAUGAUAGCCAGAAGGCGUACCAGGAAGCGUUCGAUAUCAGCAAGUCAAAGAUGCAACCCACCCAUCCGAUCAGGCUAGGUCUAGCUCUAAAUUUCUCGGUCUUCUAUUACGAGAUCCUCAACUCACCAGAUAAGGCCUGUCAGCUGGCCAAACAGGCAUUUGACGAUGCGAUCGCGGAACUGGACACAUUAAAUGAGGACAGCUACAAAGACUCCACGCUGAUUAUGCAGUUGCUGCGUGACAACCUUACUCUUUGGACCAGUGACACGCAGGGCGACGGGGACGAACCACAGGAGGGCGGCGACAACUAACCUUCCUAAGCUUAAGUCCUUUCUAAUCUAAUAAGAGCAUCCUAUUCUCUAUCGUCUCCCCCGUCCCUUGAAGUGCUCACCCAUCUCCAUCCACCCCGUAUCUCCAUCCAUCCAUUCAUUCACACCCGUUUUCUUUUCGUCCUCGCGUUUCCUUCUACCUUCCUUCCCUCUACCCUUGUUCCCUAUCCAUCAUUCCUAUCCUCCUCAUCCAACAUCCCUUAUACUGUCCGUAUAUCUCCUACGCCCUCUUCUAUCUUCCCUCCUUUUGCCACACUUUCGAAACAAUGCUCCAAAUCCUUUUUUUCUCUUCUCUACGAUAACUAAAAAAUCUCCUUGUCUAAUGUCCCGCCAACAACAACAACAGCAACAACAUCAACAUCACAUCCGCACAUCAUAAUAAUGUUGCCGAUGCCGUCGCCACAGCUAUACUACAUUCGGCUCGAUAAUAGCUCCGAACGCAAUGCCUCUCUUCUAUAUCAUCGAUUUAAAAAAGGGGGGGGGGAACAAAAAAAGAAAAGAAAGAAAGAAAUGAUUCUCGACCAUGUCCUUUCGUCUAAGUGAAAUACAAUACAUCGCAUACUUCCUCCUCCUCUCAAUAUGUUGCUCUCUCUUUUUCUCUUUAUCUCUCUCUCUCUCUCUCUCUCUCUCUCUCUCCCCCUUUCUCUCUUUCUCAUAUACACACAAUGCUACAUUUCUUUAUUAUCACUAUAUCCAUGUGCGGAACAAUGAAACAUUGUUGUUAUAUAUAAUUGGGAAAGAAGAGCGAUAUGAGAGAGAGAGAGAGAAAGAGGGGGGGGGGAGAGAGAGAGAAAGAGAGAAUAGAUUGUCGAAAGAUAUAAAAGUGGACAAAUGUGUUGAACGAGCAAUGAACGAACGAACGAACGAACGAGAGAAAGAAAGAAAAAAAGAAAGAAAAAGUGAGAGAAAGAAAGGAAAACGAACGACUGCGAAUGAAUGAACGUAUGAGUGAAUGAAAGUAUGUAAUAAUGAAUGUAAUAAUGAAUGAGAGAGAAAGAGGAAGUAUAUAAUAGUAAGCCAGCUCCCCUCUCCUACUCUCACGGUUGGGGGCUCACGGCGUUGUACGAGCAUAUAACGUUUGUUUGUUGGUAUCGUUGUGUUUCGCGACGAAAAGAAAUGGUACGAAAAGAAAUGGAACGUCAUUAAAAUGGAUCCUCUUGGGGGUUUUUGGCACGAAGUCUCAAAAGUGUUUAACCACACUACAUCCCCGUAUAAUAUUUAUCUGAACGAAGGAAAACAGGAAGCGGUAAAAUAGUGAAUGAUGAAACACAAAAAGAAACGAGCUAAUAAUAACAAUGAUAAAUAAAAGAGAAAAAAUUACACAGAAAGGGAAAAGGACAGGAAGAAAUAAAGAAAAAUAGGAAGAGAGAGAAACAGAGGGUAUUUUCGCAGAUCUUGUCUCGUCGUUCGUUGUAUGUCUCUUUGAUGAAACUUUGCGUCUGAGGAAGAGAGAGAUAGCGUAUAAGAAGCGAAAGAGUAAGAAAAUAAACGCAAUAUAUAUAUUAUAUAUACACACAUACACAUAUAUGUAUUAACGUCACUAUAUAUAUAAUGUGUGUUGGAGGAGCGUGAAAAGGGGGAGAAGAAUUUCUAAUUACGGAGAGAAACAUCGAGAGAGAGAGAGAGAAAGAGAGAGAGAGAGGAGAGAGAGAGAGAGAGAGAGAGAGAGAGAGAGAGAGAGAGAGAGAAGAGAAUCUUUGGUGGUGACGGAAAAAUAAAAUUCAAGAUGUCAGUUUUAAAGUCGCUCUAAGAUACAAGACAGAAAGCGUGUUUCUUCUGUGUGUCUUUUUUGUGUAUGUUGCCUAUAUGUGUCCACGCGUUGGAAUGAAAGAAUGAAUGAGUGAGAUAGAAUGAGAGAGAGGGAGAGACUGAGUGAAUGUUAAGAAAAUGUUUGUAACUUUUCGCGCGUCGUGACGAGACACGAAAUGCGAAUAAUAUAAUAACAUGAGACGACACCACCACCACCACCACCACAACAACCACUACCAACCACAAAUGUCACUGUCACUACUCCCAGAUCUGUUUGCUACUUUUACCGAUUCUCAAGAGUAUCGCUAGAUAAAAAACAAAGAAAAGGAGGAGCGCGAAAGUUCGAAGAAUAUGAUAUGCGACGAAAGAAAAAAAAAUAAGAAAGAUAGAUAGAGAAGGAGAAAGAAAGAGAAAAAAAUAAGCACGCAUGAAUCUAAACUGCAUUAUUAUCCAGUUGUCAUUAAAUUAAAUUUCACAUUGUCUAGGAAGUACGAUUAUUAUUAUUAUUAUUAUUAUUAUUAUUAUUAUUAUUAUUAUUAUUAUUAUUAUUAUUAUUAUUAUUAUACGAAGGGAAGAACGCAGGAGGAGAAAGGAGAGUAAAAAAAAGAAAAAAAAAAAACAAAUACAGUAAGUUAUUAAGUUCCAAACGACAUCAGUGGUGACUUGAUUUAACACACUUUUUAAUAUAUUUUAUACGUGUAUACACGUUACCGAUAUAUCUCUUAUCCCUCCUCCCAAACCAACCCCCGAAACUUCUAAAUCCUCUCCAAUACCUUAAGCGCCUCAUUAAAAAACCAUCUUCUUGCAUAUACGUCGGUAUAAUUAUUAUUCUUUUUGUUCGCAUCGUCCAUUCUUUUUUGUCCGUUCAAAAGGAAAAAAAAAACUCGAUCAUCGCGAUAUACUCGCAUUUUUUCUCUCCAAAUACUUAACGAACGGUCAUUGUUAGUAGUGUGCUCUAAUUGUGUCGUCGUUAAAAAAAAUAAAAAAAGAAACGAAAAAAAUCUGUAUAUCAUCCGAGAUGAGUGAAAAGAGAAAAAAUUCCAAAAUUUAGAAAGAGUGAAAGAGAAAGAGAGAGAGAGAGAGAGAGAGAGAGAAAAAGAAAAAGAAAAAGAAAGAAGAAGAAGGAGAAGAGAAGUUUCAAAGAGAUCUUCGCUUUUAAUCGUCGUCGUGGCCGUUUUCGCAACAAGCUCGCGCAAACGCGAUAGAUAAAAAUAUGGGACCGGGGAAGAGAAAAAGGAGAAAUUUUUUAGAUUCUUUUUUCUCUCUACAUUUUGUUUCCUCUUUAAAAAAAUAAAAGACAAAAAAAAGAAAGAAAGAAAGAAAGAAAUAGAAAAAAGGAAUAAAAUAAAAAUGAAAAGAAAAUAAAGAAAAAUUAUCGAAAAGUUUCUGAAUUAAUAUAUCGAGAGAAACGCGCGUUAUACAUCAUUAUAUGUAAUGUAAUUCGUCCAAUUAUACCGCGACAACUUUUUCUUCAUUAAUACGUUGAUAAAAUACGUAGAGGGUGUCCCAAUUUUCUCGACUCUUUCCUCACGCACACUCCUCUAUUAAAUCAACCCUCCCACCGCUCUUUUGAAACGUUAUGCGCAAUAAUAUAUAAAUAUAUAUAUAUAAUCUAUAUAUCAUUAUACGGUCCCAGAAAAAAAAAAUUACAAAAAAAUGUUUAAUGCAUAUAGUUAUAAUCGUAUUUGCGCCGAAGAAGAAAGGAGAAUAACGGGGGGAGAAAGAGAAAGAGAGAGAGAGAGAGAGAGAGAGAGGGUAUAUGGAGUUAUGAUACGCGUACAUAAAUGUUGGAACAUUCCGUUCAGUCGACCUGCUCCUCCUCCUCCUCCUCCUCUUCCUUCUUCUCCUCCUUUUCUUCCCCUAAAAAAAACUUGUGACUAAAAAAUUUAAACUCUUUAGACAUUGGGUUUAGAGUGGACAGUUCGAAAGGAUGAGAUUAUCAUUUCGUUGUGAUUCGCACGCAUUGAUAAUCGUUUCUCACAAAAAAAAAAAACGAGAAAAAAUUCGUAAUCUUAAAAUUAUAAAGUUUAACUAUUGAUUUUCGGUAGGAGGUUUAGUUGAUUAAAGAAAAAAAAUAUUUAAAAAAAUUAAAAAAAAAAAAAAAAAAAAAAAAAAAAAAAAUAGAGAAUCAUUUGAGUAUACGAUUAUAUAAUAACACAUUACUUCAGCGUGUUUCUGAUAAAUUGGCGUAAUUGAGUUAUUGUGCGAUAGAAUGAAACAAAAAAAAUAUGCCAGAGAGAAAUUAGAAUUUAAGAGAAAUAAGAGAGAGAGAAAGAGAGAGAGAGAGAGAGAGAGAGAGAGAGAGAGAGAGAGAGAGAGAAAG